AUGGGUCCCAACCAGAAGGCGCUCCUGGCCGAGCUCGACAAGCGUUUCACCGCCCAGGAGAAGCGCUUCGAUGGCCUGGAGCGGAAGCUGGAUUCCACCACGACGACGUCUUCCACCCGUCUGGAUGCCUUCGAGUCUGCAGCCAAGGUGUUCGACGAAUGGCGCCUUGGAGCUGACGGCGGCAUCGACGACCUUCGCAUCGAGGUCAACAAGCUCGCAACCCUGAAGCUCGAAGUUGGGAAGAUCUCCAAGUACAUGGAACGCUUAAUGGUGGACGGGCCGUCAGCGACUCCCAGGGUGUUCGCGACCGCGCCCGCCACCAAGUCGGCGUCGGCUCCUGCGUCACCAAGCGCGUCGAUCCACGACGCCGUCCUCAGCCCCAACUUCAAGUCGCCCGGCUACGUCGACUCCCAGGUUGCCCCGCGCCCACCUGCGGGAUACGCAGCCACUCGACCCAACGGGCACCGAGUUGAAAUCGGGAACCGGGAAGGUGAAUUCAGAGUGGCCACCACUCUGAUUCUACCUCCCGACAAGGGUACGUUUCCUUGCCAUCCUCCUUCCCCUCAUCCAUUGCCAUGUCCUCCUCCACGCCCACCACCACCAUACCAACCACAGCCAUACCCAGGAGGUCAUUAUGAGUCAUGUCAUCAGGGGGGUUCUGGGGGCGGCCAUAUCGGCAAGCUUUCCAAGUUUGAUUUCCCUAGGUUUGAGGGGGAUCAUCCUAAGCUUUGGAUCAAGCAAGCCGUUCACUACUUUGAGCUUUAUCGUAUUGAGUCCGUUGUUUGGAUUCAAGCUGUCACUAUGCAUUUUCAUGGCGCGGCAAAACAUUGGCUCUCUUCAGUUGAGGAUCAGCUAGAGGCCAUCACUUGGUCCGAUUUCUGUUCACAGUUGCUGUUGCGCUUUGUCAAGGGUGAGCACGAGCUACUGCUGUGUCGCUUAUUUCAGAUUCGGCAAACCGGCCCUAUCAAUGAAUACAUUGAUCAAUUUGUCGCUCUCGUUGAUGACCUCAAUGCCUAUGCUAAACAUCCUGACCCACUAUACUACACCCAACGUUUUAUAGAUGGCCUUAAAGACAAAAUCAAAGUUGUAAUUCUUGUUCAGCGUCCCUCUACUUUGGAUACUGCUUGUGUUCUCGCCCAAUUGCAGGAGGAGGCAUUGGUCGCAUCUAAUAAGCCAUUUUGGUGUUAUCAUCAUUCACCACACAAGCCGGCGUGGCCGGGUGCUCUGCCUCUGCCCGCACCACCAAUCCAGCAAGGUGCCGAUGAUGUCAAGAGGCCGCCUAAUACAGCUCAUUCUACUGUUGAAGCCCGGUUUCAAGCGCUGCGUGCCUCGCGCCGUGCAAAGGGGUUGUGUAUUCGCUGUGGUGCCAAAUGGAGCCGUGACCACGAGUGUUCUGAGGUGGUGCAGUUACAUCUUGUUCAAGAGCUAUUGAAUAUGUUUCUGAAUGAUUCAGAUGAUGCUGAAGUUGUUUCUCCUGAUUCGCUUGACUCUCAAGUGAUGAUGCAUAUUUCAGUGGCAGCCAUGGCUGGGGCUCAGGCACCUAAAACUCUCUGUCUCUCAGGCACAAUUCAAGGCAUUCCAUUGUCUAUUUUGGUCAACUCUGGUAGCUCACGUACCUUCCUCAGCUCAUCCGUCGCUCAGUCCUUGCAAGGCAUUCAGAAGCUCCAUCCUGUCAUUCAGGUUCAGGUUGCUAAUGGCGCUCGUCUGCAUUGUACAUCACACAUUCCGAUAGCUAAUUGGUCAGUGCAGGGCUAUUCUUUUUCAACUGAUCUGAAGCUUCUGGACUUGUCUUCAUAUGAUAUGAUACUCGGCCUUGAUUGCUUGUCUAGCUUUAGUCCUAUGCAUGUUCACUAG